UCCACUCUUAAUUGAAGGAAGCUGCUUCUACGUGGGAGUGGCAGGAGAAGUGAGAAAACCACAUGGAAGACACCCAGGAUUUAAAUGAACAAUCAGUGAAGAAAACGUGCACAGAAUCAGAUGUUUCAGAACCUCAGAAUUCCAGGUCUAUGGAAAUGCAGGACCUAGCAAGUCCUCAUCCUCUUGUUGGAGGUGGUGAUACUCCUGGUAGCUCCAAGCUGGAGAAGGCUAAUCUCAGCAGCACAUCCGUCACCACAAAUGGGACAGGAGGGGACAACAUGACUGUUUUAAACACUGCAGACUGGUUGCUGAGUUGCAACACCCCCUCUUCCGCAACAAUGUCUCUCCUUGCAGUCAAAACAGAGCCUUUGAACAGCAGUGAAACCACAACCACAACUGGAGAUGGAGCGCUUGACACCUUUACUGGGUCAGUAAUAACAAGUAGUGGCUACAGCCCCAGAUCAGCGCAUCAAUACUCCCCCCAGCUCUAUCCUUCCAAGCCCUAUCCACACAUUCUUUCUACACCAGCAGCUCAAACGAUGUCUGCCUAUGCAGGCCAGACUCAGUAUUCGGGGAUGCAGCAGCCAGCCGUCUACACUGCCUACUCACAGACAGGACAGCCCUACAGCCUGCCCACUUACGAUUUGGGCGUGAUGUUGCCAGGCAUCAAGACAGAGAGUGGACUCCCGCAGACUCAGUCCCCGUUACAGAGCGGGUGCCUCAGUUACAGUCCAGGGUUUUCCACCCCGCAGCCCGGCCAGACCCCUUACUCCUACCAGAUGCCAGGUUCUAGUUUUGCACCAUCAUCUACUAUUUAUGCGAAUAAUUCAGUUUCCAAUUCAACGAAUUUCAGCGGUUCACAACAGGAUUAUCCAUCCUACACAGCCUUUGGCCAAAACCAGUAUGCACAGUAUUACUCAGCAUCAACCUAUGGAGCGUAUAUGACAUCAAAUAACACAGCUGACGGCACCUCAUCCUCGACCUCAACCUAUCAGUUGCAGGAAUCUCUCCCAGGACUGACUAGCCAACCAGGUACAGAUCUUCAUCCAGGAGAGUUUGACACCGUGCAGAGCCCCUCCACGCCCAUCAAAGAUCUUGACGAGAGAACAUGUAGGAGUUCUGGGUCAAAGUCCCGAGGACGAGGCCGGAAAAAUAAUCCCUCCCCACCUCCCGACAGUGACCUGGAGCGCGUGUUUGUCUGGGACUUGGAUGAAACCAUCAUCGUUUUUCACUCAUUGCUCACAGGGUCCUAUGCACAGAAGUAUGGCAAGGAUCCCCCCAUGGCUGUAACCCUUGGACUACGAAUGGAGGAAAUGAUUUUUAAUCUUGCUGAUACACAUUUAUUUUUUAAUGAUUUAGAGGAAUGUGAUCAAGUUCAUAUAGAUGAUGUUUCCUCAGAUGAUAACGGGCAGGAUUUAAGUACCUACAGUUUUGCAACUGAUGGCUUCCAUGCAGCUGCAAGUAGUGCAAACCUUUGUUUGCCAACAGGUGUAAGAGGAGGGGUUGACUGGAUGAGGAAGUUGGCUUUUCGUUACAGAAGAGUAAAAGAAUUAUACAACACCUACAAGAACAAUGUCGGAGGACUCCUUGGCCCUGCCAAGAGAGACGCGUGGCUGCAAUUGAGGGCAGAGAUUGAAGGUCUCACGGACUCCUGGCUAACAAAUGCACUUAAGUCUUUAUCAAUUAUUAGUACUAGGAGUAACUGCGUAAAUGUCUUGGUCACAACAACGCAACUGAUCCCAGCACUUGCGAAGGUUCUGCUCUAUAGUUUAGGAGGUGCCUUCCCCAUUGAGAAUAUUUACAGUGCAACUAAAAUAGGAAAAGAAAGUUGCUUUGAACGAAUAAUGCAAAGGUUUGGCAGAAAAGUAGUAUAUGUUGUAAUUGGGGAUGGUGUAGAAGAAGAACAGGCAGCAAAAAAGCACAACAUGCCCUUUUGGAGGAUAUCAAGUCACUCAGACCUCUUGGCUCUACAUCAAGCACUGGAAUUAGAGUAUUUGUAACUGUUUUCUCUAGCUGGAGAUCCGUUUUUUUAUAUUUCAAGUACACUGAAUUUUUAUGUGUGAUUCAAUGCCUCUGGCUUUACACAUAUAAAUUGUCUUAAAGGAUGAAAUCAUAUUUGGAAUGAAAAUUCCAGAAGGAAGAAUUCAGAUUGCUGCACGGAAUUACACUUUAGUGCUACAGAAAAGAAGCUCUAUGGUCUUAUAUUUACAACACUUUAAUGGUUUUUUUAAAAAAAAUCUGUGGAGGUUGCUGGUACACACCAAAUGAGUCCUAACUGGAAUUAACAGCUUUGGCAAAGAACUCUUACCCUGGCAAAACACCAAGACACGCUCUGUCUGACGAGGUGGUGUUCAACAACAUUCCUCAAAAUGAGAAAUCUUCUCAGCCCUGAGGUUUGAAUCUGACUUUAGCCUACCUAGCCCAGAAAAUCUGAAUUGGAAUGCACUCAGACUGUAUAAGGACAAUCCUAUCUAGACCUGUAAUUUGUGUAAAUUAUUGAUGCAAAUAAUUUACUGUGACUUUAUUAGCAGCUGAUUUUGAAAGUGGAUGCAAUUUUUCUUUCAUUUGUCAGGGAGGGAAGGUGGGGGGGAAAUGGGAAUCUAAUAUUGUCUCUUUUUUAAGUUUGGCAAACAGAAUGUUCAUAUUGAUGUGUUGUGCCUUAAAGACAAGACAGCGUUUGUGUGUUACAAUGUAACUUUGGUUAAAAUCUCUGUAGAUAAUGAAAAACAAAAACCUUUGUGAUCAUUCUUAAUAUGACCAAAUUUAAAAUUCAAGCUAUCAAAGCUUAAAACUGCAUCAGCCAGAAACUGAGUAGUUGUUGCAGUAAGAAAACAAUAAUAAUAAAGGAAAGCUUGUGUUUUAUUUGGGUUCUUAAUAAUUCCAAUAAUUGUAUGAGGCAACUAUUUGUGCAUCUAACCAUGAGCAGAAGGUUUGGGAAAGACUGUGGGACCUUUACUUAGAAAGUGAAAUGUAUGUUGAAGUCUCGAGUACCCUUUCUGCAGUUUUACUGGAGAAAACUAAGAGCCAUAUUCAUGACAACUUGCACUGUUUGGGGUUAAUUUUUUGAUAUUUGUAAGUUGGAUAGAGGAAAAUAUGCUCAUGAAAAUCAUAAGCAAAUAUCACCCAAACUUUCUUAAAAUAUGCCAUGAACAUGGCUUAAAAUUCACAUCGAGUGAAUGUGGCUUAAAAUCAAGCUAAGUGCAUUUAUUCCCAAUGCCACUGUGAAAAUGAGAUACUAUCAGUAGUGGAAGGCGGAUGCUCCAGAUGGCUUCUAGGGAAAGAAGUGAAUCAAUGAAAGUUUUACCUAGAAUAUCAUCAUAAAAUAAAUUAGCAAGUGAGCCAGAUCUUGGCAGCAUUACUGAAUUACAGUAGUGAAAUGGAACCUGGGUCUCCGUCUUAACACAGCAAUCCAGUUUCUCUCCAUUACAGACCUGCGCACCUAGUAUCUGCCUGUCCGGUUACUGUACAAUGGACUGCGUUCAUCACAAGGAGGACCUGUCAUCGUUGGGUUUGCAUGGUUUUUUUUUUUUUCGUGGUGUGUAGCCCAUGUUAGGAACACGAUACAGAUUCUCCCGUCAUUUUGUAUGACGUGAUUUCCCUUGCGGAAAUUUAAGACUUCAAGAUCUAGGAGUGUUUUAAUGGUGUCUGCACCUGCAGCUCUGUUUAAAAUGUCGUAAUGUGGAACCUGAGGUCCAGCUAUGAGGCAGUGCCCCUAACCAGAGGCUGGUCCGGAAUGGUUCAUCAGGUGAGGCGUCCGUGGCUCCCAGAUCACACAGCAUUCACUAUGGAAAUGUGGUUUUCUUUUCCAGGCUGAAAAGUUGUAUGCCUUUACUGAAUGCUAAGGCCGUGUUUACAUUGGGCAGAAAGAGACUGAAAUCCCGUGCGGCAGAUUUUAACAUUGUGGUUUCAUCACACAAACCUGAAACUCAUUCUUUAAAUUUUGUAGCUUUUGGCUACCUCUGCCCCAAGUACUGUUGCAGACAAAUUAAGGUUGGAAUACUUUUAAUAAUAUCAAUAAUAAUAAUAAUAAAUCUUAUACUUCUGUGGGCCUUUAGCAUGAAAAUAGCAGUUUAAAAAAAUUAGAGAGCUGCAUUGAUUAUCAGUACUUAAUUAUUUUGUUUACUAAAACCUUAAAUAUUUAUUACUGUGAAUAAAACAAAAUUAUCUUUACUGCACAGCCGGUUUCUUUAAGUGAGGGAAUUGUGGCAUUACAUCUAAAUUUUUAGUUCUUUUUCAUAUCAAACAAGCAAAGCUUCUCAUGCUUCUACACCUGCAGGUGCAGAAGGGGGCCCCCUUCACGGGGCACAGGGACGGGUCACACACUGCAUCACGCAGUGCAAUUUCGCACACACAUCUUCUCGGAUUCUGUGUUUGGAAGAGGCUGACAGCAUAACACCUAAAGGCUGGGUUGGCGGAGAACAGCUUGUCUGGCACAACCAUGGUGCAGGCCAGUGAGCCGACGCCCCAGCUUGUCAUGCCCCUUUGAGCAUGCUGAAUUAGAAAUCUUCCCUUCCCACCUUAGGAAAAGAAGAUCCUCUUCCUUGCUGAUCUCAGAAACGAAAAAUCAACCAACCGACAAAAACCCAGCCCCUUUGGCAAUUCCCACAUUCUAUUGACAUACAGAAUAUUGUGCCUUAUUGUAAAACAGUUUGAAAAAUGUUCUGUAACUAAAAUGGAUUUUCAGCUACUGUAUGUGCAAACUUGGUGUAUCGCUAGGAAGGGCACCCACCCGGUGUUGCAUCUAAAAAAUAUCAAAACAGGUGGCCUGGCUCCACUAUUAUAGCAUUCAAGAGUAAGUCACUAUACCCUUACAAAAAUUUGUAAAUAAAAUUCAGGGGCAAAAAAGUAUUUUAGAAUCAUGCAGUUUGCGCACAAAAACUAGGUAAUAACUCUCUAAAAAUGUUUUCUCCGUAGUCUCUGGUGAGGUAAGGUUCAAAGUAGUGUCAACAGCAUGCUUCAGUAUGAGGUGGUUGUUUUUUAAGAGCACAUUUGUUUAUGAUAAGCCUAAUUCUCAGUGAAUAUGGCAUUUAGUAUUUCUUUUGAAAACAAACUUAAGCAUCGUGAGCCAAAGUUGCAUUUUGACUCCCAGCUAUGGUAGCAUUGUGGAAAUCUCACAAAGUCAAGGGUUUCUGUUAUGUAUUAGUCAAGUAUAGAUUAUCGGGGCCUACAUAAUUUAAAGAAAUGUAAAUUAAUAUUAAAAGCUUGUAAAAAUAUGUACAUCUUUACUAUUUCUCAAUAAAUACCUUUGGAAAUGUUUUCAUUUUCUUCA